CAGCGCUGUCUAUGUCCGGGUUGCUCGCCGUUCCCUGAGUAGCCGCUACCGCCCGGUUCGCCGCUCCUGCUCCGGGCGCGACACCCACUUCAGGGACCGGUGCGGCGGUGGGGCCUCCCCGCGCGGCGAGCGGGAGGGCGGCAGGGCCCGGCGGGGGGUGGAGAGGAGCAGUGCGGGACGGGGCUCCUCUCGUCUCCUCACCGCCGGUCUCGGGAGGCGGCGGCGGCGGCGGCCGGGGGGGGGGGCGCGGUGAGCCCGGGGGGGGCCUCGGCUGCGGGCCCCGGCAGCGGGGCGGCCCCCACCCGGAGGCAGGACGAUGCCGGUGAAGAAGAAGAGGAAGUCCUCGGGGUCGGCGGCUGCAGCGGCGGACGACACCGGCCUCAAGAAAUGUAAACUCGGCAGCUAUUGCAGAUCACAAGCCUCUGGUAAAGUCAUAAGUGGAGAGGAACAUUUUUCAAGCAAAAAGUGCCUGGCUUGGUUUUAUGAAUAUGCAGGUCCCGAUGAAGUUGUGGGGCCCGAAGGAAUGGAAAAGUUCUGUGAAGACAUCGGUGUUGAGCCUGAAAAUAUUAUUAUGUUAGUUUUAGCCUGGAAACUAGAGGCUGAAAGCAUGGGAUUUUUUACCAAGGAAGAAUGGUUAAAAGGAAUGACCUCAUUACAGUGUGACUGUACAGAAAAAUUGCAGAGUAAAUUUGACUUCCUGCGGUCACAAUUGAAUGACAUUUCAUCCUUUAAGAAUAUCUACAGAUAUGCCUUUGAUUUUGCAAGGGAUAAAGACCAGCGAAGUCUUGAUAUUGAUACUGCAAAAUCCAUGUUAGCUCUUCUGCUUGGAAGAACUUGGCCACUGUUUUCAGUAUUUUAUCAAUACCUUGAGCAAUCGAAGUAUAGAGUUAUGAACAAGGAUCAGUGGUACAAUGUGCUGGAGUUCAGCAGAACUGUCCAUGCAGAUCUUAGCAACUAUGAUGAAGAUGGUGCAUGGCCUGUACUUCUGGAUGAAUUUGUUGAAUGGCAAAAAGUUCGUCAAGCAUCAUAGCAAGAAUUCAAAAGAAAAUGCAAAAGUUUUUUUGGUGCCCGCCUGUACACAAACUAAUGAGACAAACAAAGGAUUGCAUUUUCAUUCUUAAGAAAGACUUUGCAGUAAUUUUUUUCCUUUUUUAAGGAAAAUUUCUUGUUACAUGUGAUAUGGGCAUUGAACCACACCUCUUCUGAGACUGAAAGUUGGAGUUCUUGUUUUGAGUCUUAUGUUUAUAGCAUUUAUUUCAGAACAAUAAAGAUUCAGAUUUGUGACAAAGGCCUAAAAGUGAAGAAUGUCCCUUGAAUGUGAGUGUGGUGUCUAUUUUUAAAACCAAAUCUUUAAGAUUAUCUUUCUCAGAAGUGCCCUUUGCUAUGAAUUUUUGAAGACCUUAAAAAUGCUUAACUGGCACUGUUGAUUGCUGAUGGUAUGAUUGUCUUGUGUGACAAACAUUAGAAAGAAUGACUGAUUUUUUGGAGUCCUGGGUGGGAGUGUGCUAAUUUCCGUGUUAAGUAUUGGUCAUCGGUUGUGCCACAGUUUUCAGCUCCUUGUGGAGAUAAAGGCCUUAAACUCUUUUUUCUUUUUUUUUUUCUUUUUCAUUCAAUACCCACCCAGUGGCACGGCAUUUAAUGUCAGGCCCUUGUAAAGCAGAAGGCUGUAGAGCAUAUGGCUCUGUAUGCAGAAUGGCUGAAAACUAGUUGCCUGUACUUCAGAUGGUGAACAGAAAUACUCUUUGGUACAGCAAGGCAGCUUCAAAUUUUUAUUACAAUUCAGACUUUGGAUUGCUUUGUAUAAAAAAGUGCAAUUUGUAUUUUAAAAGGGAAGGCUGGAAAGACUUGGUUUCAAGCUUUGCUUCUUAUGUGUUUUAGACUGGAAGCAUUCACAACAUGACUUUUUUUAAUCUCCCUGGAUGUUUUUCAUAAUGUAAGUCAAGAAGAGACUAUUAAAUCACCUACCUUUGACCUGUAUAUAACAGGCUAUUAUUUUUUACCCUAUUAUUCCAUGUAUUGGAUCCAAUAACUACUGCAAUUGCCCUUUUAGGUGCUCAGUAUUCGUGGCAACUUUUAAAUAGAGUAGAAGUUUGUCACUCUACCUUCCUGCCCAGGAGACCCAAUGCCACCCUUGAGAAGGAAAGGGAUUUUAAUAAGUGAGUGUGAGAAACCAAAACAGAAUGAGCAAAUGAAGCAUUUGUAACUUCUACUUUAUUGUAUAAAAAUAUUAUGUAGACUGUGAUAAUGCCACGAGACUCAGUUGGUGAUCAAGGCCUCAUUGUGCCAAACAUUUCAACAGCUUGAAGUAGGAAUAGACAAUGUAAGCUAGGCAUGACUUGAAGAUCUUUGCCUCAGGGAAAUGACUUCUGUUUUGCACGUCCCUUAUUCAGACUAACAAGCAUGAGUUUUCCUGUCUUUAAGGAGAGCUUUAUUCCCAAGAUGAAUUUUUUUUUUACAAGGAGGAGGAAAGAGGAAAAAAAAAGAUACGAGGAGAAAUAGUAAUAAGUGGGACAAACUAGUAGCGUGUGCUUGUGCUCUUGCUCUACUAGAGGACCACUCUUGCAACUUACUCUCCAGACCUGCUUGCUGUGGGCUUCAGGAAGCAGUGCAGUGGUGGUCCAUGGGCUGCUCUGCAAGUCAUCUGGUAGUGCAGCUGAACCUUAGAAGCUUGGUGAGAAAACAAAACAAAGAAAAAGAACAGUUGAGAUACUUGGAAGGUCUCUGCUUGUACAGUAGCUAGUGUGUGUGUAUGCAAAUGCAUGCACUACAGCUGUUCUAAGUAUUUUUCCACCGUUUUUUAAGGGAAGUACUUAAUUUUAGACCUCAUGUAGGCUGCAGCAGUUACCUUCAAUAUGUUACAAGUUGUCCAUUUGCAUUGUUGAUAAUUCUGAUUUCACUCAUAACAGAGUGCCUUUCAUUUGGAAAUUGCCCUACCCCACAGAAAGUUAGUGCCAGAAUGAGAUUAACUUCAAGAGUCCCAAGAUCUACUGGUAGAGUGAGGUCCCCAGAUGUGCAGAUAAACACACGCUAAUUAACUUACGUCAAGGGAGGUACUGCUGUAUACUAAAUCUAUGCAGAGGCACUGAUUUUGAAAUGACUUUCUCAAAUUCACUGCAAUGGCUCUCCUUGCCAAGUAUGUUUAGUCCCUAUUAUAACUGGGAAAUUCUCUUUCCAGAAUACCACUUGAAAUACCACUGAGAAGAUGAAUAUUUUAUAAUGUGAUUUAAAAAAGAAAAAGAGAAAAUCAUCUUUUGUAGGUAACUGCAAACUGUUGUGAAUUCAAUUUAAACCAGUUGGUCCUAGAGGAUGGAGUGAUGCAUCUACCAAUCCAAGGUGGUCAAGUACUUACCAUUAAGGUGUAAGACACUAUGUGAUGUAUCAUUUGUAUCUCUGUUAAGGUUUUAUCAGUAUUCCUGUGAUAAAUCCGUGUUUCAGGGAUUUAUAACUUGGUUGUGUGUGUGACUGAAAAUCAUCAGUUACUGUAAAACUUUGACUGGGAAUGAAUGUAUUUAAACUACUUAAAAUCAAUAUAGUUUUUUCAAAUUUGAAUAAAAUAGGUUUUUAAGUUAUGUUUUGUGCUCAAAACUGCAAUCAGAAUUAUUGUUUAAAUGUGAACUAAUGGCUUGUACAGUUUGAUUGUGAGCUGAUCACUUCUAUUAGCUGUCUUUUAUUAAAUCACCUUACAGCUUACUGUGGAUAAGUGCUGAAAGCUGUUUAUUUAUUUUUUUAAUUUUGUGCAUGUCCACAAGCCAAAACUGAGUUCAGCUAAAUGCUUUCUUUAGUCUUUGAAUUUUAAUUUUGCUUUGCUCAAGUGCAUUUCGGUCUAUCGAAUUAAAAAAAGUGACACCUUAUUUCUCAGUAUUCCAAGAUGAAAGUUCACAGGUGAAAUAUGCUGCCACAGUUAUGACAAAAAUCAAAGGUGAAAUGUCUUCCAAAACUAAAUGAUAGUGGUGUCUAUCUUGAUGUUAUAAACUUCACUUUAAUCUCACUCUCAUUUCUUGAUAUUAAUUCUUCCUAACAUAACUAAAUUUUCCUAGUUUUCUUAGACAACUAACAGUUUUGGUUUUUAAAUCUGAAAAUGUCCACCUAUUCAUGGAAAAAGCCAUACUGGUAGAUUGGAAUGUAAUAUUUCUCCUAUGUAAAAAUGUGAUCUUGAAUUAAACAGUCACGUAUGUUUACCAAUGU